AUGUUCCCAACAAGAGAAUACUGGAAUCGCAACCCGGAAGGCGAAGGUAUUGAGCUCAAUUGGGCUCGCUAUGGGCUGAAGCCAUGUGGGAAGGGAACUACCAUCACGCAUUACAUGUUUGAGGUCUUUAGGGUCCUUGAACGGUCACUUGACGCUUGGAGCAACGCCCUCGACAGCAUAGACAAGCUUGUCCAUGUUAACUUGAGCGAUUUUGAAGACAAGAAACGCGUGGAAGCUCUCAUGUUUGACAGCUCUUUCACUCGCUCGAAGGACUAUUUCGUUGCCAUCCAGCUUCUCAGGAUCAUGGACGAGUGGCUGGAUGAACUUUUCCUGAGCAUCGACGACUUACGCGGUAUGCCGGCUUGGCGCCGUGCUAGCUUUUGUAUGGAUGAAGCUGAAGACAACAUCAAUGUUGCCAUCAAAAACAUGAAGGAACGCGCUACUAGGUUUCAGAACCGAGUUCGAAAGAAAUCGGAGGAAAUCAAAAGUUUGCGCGAUGGCUUAUUCAACGCUACAUCCCUUCGCGAGGCCACCAAAGCUAUGGCAUUGAACCGAGCCAUCUAUGUUUUCACCGUUGUCACCGUUCUCUUUACCCCAGUCAGCUUCCUAGCGACAUUCUGGGCAUUACCAUUCUUGAACAACCCGUCAGAAGAAGGCAGUGACAUGGUACCAGAACCUACAUCUUUCCGCAGCAGUUUUGUUACUCUGCCCCUCCUCACGUAUGCUCUCGUUAUUGGAAUUGCGUGGUACAUGCGACCAGACCAGAGUCGUUACAAAUUGCCAGAUUGGCUGACGGGGAUAUGGGAUACCACACGAGAAGCAUUGAGGUCCGCUUGGAACAGUUUCCCGCAUGAAAUAAAGAGGACACGAAGAAAGGCUCAGGGAGGAUCAGAUGCCGGAGAUUCCGCUUAA